GAUCCACUGGCAUGGGUCCAGGUACUUGCCAGUGGUACCAUUCCGACCGCCCGGCAGGAUCAUAUGGCAGGGAUGGACUCCAAAAACAAGAUCCUGGGCUCUUGUUGAGGAUGUGGAUUGUCGGAGGCGCGCGGUUGGGAUCGGAGUUCUCGGAUGAGGUGUUCUAUCUCGACACCAACAAGGUUCCUCCAGAAUGGGUCCAGGUAAAUGCCAGCGGCUACAUUCCAGCGAUAGCGCGCGCUGCCUAUGCCAUGGACUCCCGUGAUCGUCUUUGGGUCGUUGGUGGCACUGCCCAGCCGGACGGUCCACGCCUGAACCUCAGGCCUUUGCCGUUGGCGAUUUUCGGGUUGAGGGUUUAG